AUGAAGCAACUCUUGCCCCAGAUGGCUGCGGCCUAUGACCCAAAAGAUGUGGAAAGUGGGUGGUACGAGUGGUGGGAGAAGUCUGGUUUCUUUCGCCCUGCCACAGAUACUGGUCGCAAACAUAAUGAUAAAACUUUUGUUAUUGUUUCGCCACCACCAAAUGUCACUGGUCAUCUUCAUAUCGGCCACUCUCUUACAGGAUCUGUGCAGGAUACACUUAUCCGUUUUCAUCGUAUGAAGGGCGACAACACGUUGUAUGUCCCUGGUACCGAUCACGCCGGUAUUGCCACACAAGUGGUUGUUGAAAAACGCAUCAUGAAAGAAAGUGGAAAGUCACGUCAUGAUCUUGGUCGUGAAGAAUUUUUAAAGCGUGUGUGGGACUUUAAGGAAAACCAUGCUGGUUUUAUUACGCAACAACUUAGACGUAUUGGUUUGAGUCUUGACUGGACUCGUGAGCACUUUACAAUGGAUGAUCACUGUGCUUCUGCAGUGGUUGAGGCGUUUGUAAAGCUACACGAAGAUGGCUUGGUACAUCGCUCUACACGUCUUGUUAAUUGGUGUUGCGCUUUACAGAGUGCCAUCUCUGAUCUUGAAGUGGAAUUUGUUGAUGUUGCCAAAAAUGCAAAAUUGACUAUUCCUGGGUACGAUAAGAAAGUUGAUAUGGGUGUUUUGACACACGUAGCCUAUAAGUUUGAAGACAGUGAUGAUGAAAUUAUUAUUGCUACUACAAGGCCAGAAACAAUUCUAGGUGAUACUGCUGUUGCCGUUCACCCAGAUGAUGAACGUUAUAAGAAGUAUCAUGGUAAACGUCUUAAAUGUCCAUUUCGAAAUGAGACAAUUCCUCUAAUUCUUGAUCCUAUAUUGGUUGAUGUGAAUUUUGGUACAGGAGCUGUAAAAAUUACUCCUUCGCAUGAUCCAAAUGACUUUGAAGCUGGUGUACGUCAUAAUUUACCGCAAGUAACUAUGAUGGAUAUGAACGGUAAUAUUUGUAUUGAUGGUCCUUUUAAAGGAAUGCAUCGUUUUGAUUGUCGACGUGAAAUUGUAAAAGAAUUGGAUAAGAUGGGUCUUUUACGUGACGUGGUCCCAUAUGAAUACCGUGUUGGUCGUUGCAGUCGUACAGGAGAUAUUGUGGAACCACUUUUGAUGCCUCAGUGGUUUGUUGAUUGCAGUGAAAUGGCCCGUAAGUCUGUGGAAGCUGUUCGCAAUAAAGAGUUAUGCCUAUAUCCAUCAUCACAUGAAGCGGUAUGGUAUCAUUGGUUGGAGAAUAUUAAACCAUGGUGUGUUUCCCGACAGCUGUGGUGGGGACACCGUAUUCCUGCGUACAAAUGCAGUGGUGUGAUUCCACCCACUCAUGAAGAUCCAUGGGUGGUUGCACGUAAUCUGGAUGAGGCAAAGUCAAAGGCAAAGGUAAAAUUUAAUCUCACUGAUGCUGAAAUGGAGCAGUUGGUACUAGAUCAGGAUCCUGAUGUACUUGAUACCUGGUUUAGCUCAGCCAUGUGGCCUUAUUCAACACUUGGAUGGCCGAAUGACACAGAUGAUAUGCAUAAAUUUUUUCCAGGUAAUUUGAUGGAAACAGGUCACGAUAUCCUCUUCUUCUGGGUGGCCCGUAUGGUGAUGACAUCAAUUCACUUUACAGGUAAGUUACCAUUUAAGGAAGUUUUCCUUCAUGCUAUGGUCCGUGACAAGAAUGGAGAAAAGAUGAGUAAAUCAAAAGGUAAUGUGAUUGAUCCACUUUUUAUUAUUAACGGCAUUACUCUUGAAAAACUACAUGAAACCGUAACAAGUGGAAACCUUGAUGAAAAGGAGGUGCCAAAGGCUUUAAAACUACAGAAAGAAACAUUCCCUAAUGGUAUUCCAGAGUGUGGUAGCGAUGCCUUACGUUUUGGUCUUCUUUCUUAUACUCAAUCUGGACGAAAUGUUAAUUUGGACAUUGACCGCAUCGUUGCUUACCGACAGUUCUGUAAUAAGUUGUGGAAUGCUGUACGGUACGUUUUGUAUCAUGCUCUUGGAACAGAGUAUAAACCAAAUUUAACUUCUUUUGAUCCCUCCAUAACAAGUACUCUCCCACUGGAGUGUCGGUGGAUUCUUUCCCGUCUUGAUGUUGCAGUGGAAGAGUGUACACGUGGAUUCUCAGAAGGUGUCUAUGACUUUGCUCUUUCCACAAAUGCAGCCUACCGUUUCUGGCUAUAUGAAUUAUGUGAUGUUUAUCUGGAACUCACAAAACCCACAAUUCAAGCUGGAGGAGAAAAGAAACAGCUUGUGCAGGAUGUCCUUCUUCACGUAGUAGAAGUGGCUAUUCGUAUGCUGCAUCCUAUGAUGCCAUUCCUUACGGAAGAACUUUGGCAUCGUCUUCCGAACUACAAUACCUUUGGGGUUGAGAGUAUCAUGCUUGCACCGUACCCUGUGGUUUCUGGAUGGAAGAAUGAAGUAGUAGAGGAACAGAUGAAAUUGCUUAUGGAAACUGUACACAGUGUACGUUCUACCAAAGCUUCUUACUCUCUCACUAACAAACACAAACCUGAUGUCUGGAUCACUGCUCGUACACCAGAGGUAAAGGAACUUGUCAGUUCUCAUUCUUUUAUGAUUGAGUCACUCGGUGUGGUUGGCAAAGUUUCAGUUAUAUCACCUGAAGAGGAAACUACCCAUGUACCAAAGGGUUGUGGAUUUUCAGUCGUUAACAAGGAGGUUGGUGUCAAUAUGAUGCUACUUGGGUUUAUUGACGUCCAGAAGGAAGUGGCAAAACUUGAGAAGCAACAUAUUGGGCUCCAAAAACAGAUUGAAGGACUCAAGAAGAAGAUGUCUAUCCCGAAUUACGAGACAAAGGUUCCUCUUGAUGUUCGCAAUGGCAAUAGCGAGAAGCUUGAAACACUCACUGAGCAAGAAAAACAACUGGUGGAAGGUCUGGAAAAGAUGAAAUCUAUGCUCUAA